UCGUCUCAUACAGCGCAGUUCGCUCGAGCGCUCUGAACAAUGACUGUGCGAGAGGAUGAUGUGAAUCUGGACAAAUGAGUGAUUUAACAUCAAUACUGCACACCGCGCUGUUUUGUACGCUUUUCUCACAACAUACACCCUGAAUAUGUGGAUUCCUACGGAACACGAGAAAUACGGAGUCGUGCUGGCCAGUUUUCGAGGAAUGGUGCAGCAUGGCUUGCCUCUGGAGAUCGGUGACACGGUGCAGAUCCUGGAGAAAUGUGAAGGUUGGUACAGAGGAUUUGUCCUCAAGAACCCGAAUGCCAAGGGCAUUUUCCCAUGCAGCUACAUCCAUCUGAAGAAUGCUUAUAUCAAGAAUAAAGGGCAGUUCGAGAUGGUGGUGCCGACCGAAGACUCUGUCAUUACAGAGAUGACGUCCACACUGAGGGACUGGGGAGCCAUGUGGAAGCAGCUCUUUGUGAAAAAUGAAGGAGAUCUGUUUCACAGACUGUGGCAUGUGAUGAAUGAGAUUUUGGACCUCAGGCGGCAGGUUUUGGUGGGUCACCUGACCCAUGACCGCAUGAGGGACGUCAAACAGCACAUCACGGCACGUCUGGACUGGGGCAACGAGCAGCUGGGUUUGGACCUGGUACCCAGGAGGGAGUUCAGCAUGGUGGACCCGGAUGAAAUCAGCAUCACCGAGCUCUACCGUCUGAUGGAGAAUCGACACAGAAAGAAGGAAACUCCGACUCCUGUCAGCACACAUCACCUGUUUGUCCAUCUGAAGAGUCUGAUGAGCUCAAACCUGGGUGAAGAGCUGGAGGUCUUCUUCUUCAUCUAUGAUAGUCGAGAGAACAAACCGCUCAGUGAAAGGUUCUUUGUUAAACUCAAUAAAAACGGUCUGCCCAAGUUCCCCGAGAAGACUGAAAGACAAUGCACACUUUUUGUGGAUCUGGGCAGCGGCGACCUGAGGAAAGACGUGUAUAUUGUGGUACACAUCAUUAGGAUUGGGAGGAUGGGUGCAGGAGAGAAGAAGAACACGAGUAAUGUGCAGUACAGACGUCCGUUCGGCUGUGCUGUGGUCAGCAUCGCUGAUCUUCUCACUGCUGACUCCAAAGAUGACCACCUGCUGAAGCUCUAUGCCUGCAACACAGAGAGCGACUGGAGUCAAAUCCACGACAACAUCAUAAAGAAAGUCAACUCCAGAUACAACCUCUCAGGAUCCAACACGGGUCUGGCGGUGGCACUUCAGUUGCUGCAUGGAGACAUCGAGCAGCUGCGGAGAGAAUACAUGGUGCUCUUCACCAGAGGAGUGUCCAUUACCAAAAAACUAGGCUUCUCUGAUGUCAUCAUGCCAGGUGAGAUGAGAAAUGAUCUCUACAUAACGCUGGAGAAGGGCGAGUUCGAGAAGGGAGGGAAGAGUGUGGCGAGGAACGUAGAGGUCACCGUCUACGCGCUGGACGCCGAUGGACAGAUCCUCAAGGGGUUUGUGGCCGUGGGCUCGGGCGAGCCGGGCGGAGAUGAGUAUCAUACCUUCGUGCUUUAUCACAACAACAGCCCGCGGUGGGCGGAGCUAAUCAAGCUGCCCAUCCCAGUCGACAUGUUCCGGGGCUCUCAUGUCCGCUUCGAGUUCCGCCACUGUUCCACAAAAGACAAGGGGGAAAAGAAACUGUUCGGCUUCUCAUUCGUUCCUCUGAUGCAGGAAGACGGGCGGACUCUGCCCGACGGCACCCAUGAGCUCAUCGUUCACAAGUGUGAGGAGAACGCUAACCUGCAAGACUGUGCUCGCUACCUCAAACUGCCCUUCGCGAAAUCAAAUCUGCCCGGCAACAACCAAACUAUGAAAGGCACUAAGGAAUCCCUAUGGAUCACAUCAUUCCUCUGUUCUACCAAACUCACUCAGAACGGUGACAUGCUGGACUUACUGAAGUGGAGAGCCCAUCCAGAGAAAAUCAACGACAGCCUGUCUAAACUCAAAGAGAUCGAUGGCUCAGAAAUAGUAAAGUUUUUACAAGAUACACUGGACACGCUUUUUGGCAUUUUGGACGAGAGUUCACAAAAAUAUGCACUCAAAGUGUUUGAUAGUCUGGUGCAUAUUAUAAACUUGCUACAGGACAGCAAGUUUCAGCAUUUUAAACCAGUCAUGGACACCUACAUUGAAAGCCACUUUGCAGGAGCCCUGUCAUACAGGGAUCUGAUCAAGGUCCUGAAGUGGUACGUGGAUCGUAUUAUUGAAGCGGAUCGUCAGGAACACAUCCAGCAGGUGCUGAAGGCGACGGAGUAUAUUUUUAAGUAUAUUAUCCAGUCGCGACGGCUGUUUGCUCUGGCCACGGGCGGACAGAACGAGGAGGAGUUUCGCUGCUGUAUGCACGAGCUUUUCAUGUCCCUCCGCUUCUUCCUCUCGCAGGAGAACAAGGGCUCAAGGCCCAUCACACAGACACAGGCAUUGUUUCUGCAGUCGUUCCCGGCUGUGUACGGGGAGUUGUUGAAGCUCUUUACGGUCAGGGAAGUGGCCACGUUUGUACGGGAGACCUUGGGCAGCCUCCCCACAGUGUCCCAAGCUGACUGCCCCCUGGAGGCCGUCAAACUGCACUGCAUCGCCCAAACCGUAGAGAGCCAGCUCUACACAAACCCUGACUCCAGAUGUAUCCUGCUCCCGGUGGUGCUGCGUUUGCUCCAGGCUCACAUGCAGGAGCAGCGAGAUCUCGUCAUGUGCGCUCAAAUACUCACCUGCAUGCUGUCUCUCCUCAAGAAAGACGACACGGAGCCAGCUGUAUCCGAAGAGGUGGAUCUGAUCGUGGAGAGUGUUUUGGGUGUCUUACUGCGGACCAUAUUGGAAAUCGCUAACCGGCCACAACCAGCAGGGCCUACGCUACGGCCUCAAGUUCAAGAUGUCACGGGUGAGUUUGUGUCGUGUCUCUUGGCUCUGUUGAGGCAUAUGAAGGACAGACACUACCAGCAGCUCCUGCAGAGCUUCACCAGUAAAGACGAGCUGCGGGACUUUCUCCUGCAUACCUUCACUGUGUUUCGCAUCCUGAUAAGACCAGAGAUGUUCCCCAAAGACUGGGCGGUCAUGCGGCUCGUCACUAACAACAUCAUCAUCACCACGGUGCUCUACCUGUCAGAUGCUUUAAGAAAAAACUUCCUCAAUGACAAGUUUGACUAUAAGGUGUGGGAUUCCUACUUCUGCCUGUCUGUUAUAUUCAUCAACCAGCCCUGCCUUCAGCUCGAGACCUUCUCUGCAUCAAAGAGGAAGAAAAUACUGGAAAAGUACGGAGACAUGCGUGUCAUGAUGGGAUGUGAGAUCUUUAGCAUGUGGCAGAAUUUAGGAGAGCACAAGCUGAACUUCAUUCCAGCAAUGAUCGGCCCGUUCCUGGAGGUGACGCUGGUGCCUCAGCCGGACCUGAGGAAUGUGAUGAUCCCCAUCUUUCACGACAUGAUGGACUGGGAGCAGCGCCGGAGCGGCAACUUCAAACAGGUGGAGGCGAAACUCAUCGACAAGCUGGACAGCCUGAUGUCAGAGGGCAAAGGAGACGAAACGUACCGAGAGCUCUUCAACAGCAUAAUUCCUCUGUUCGGUCCGUAUCCUAGUCUGUUGAAGAAGAUCGAGAGAGAGACGUGGAGAGAGAGCGGGAUAUCCCUCAUAGCCACGGUCACACGGCUGAUGGAGCGACUGCUGGAUUACAGAGACUGUAUGAAGUUGGGGGAAGUGGAUGGUAAAAAGAUCGGCUGUACAGUCAGUCUGCUGAACUUCUACAAAACAGAGCUGAAUAAAGAGGAAAUGUACAUCCGCUACAUCCACAAGCUGUAUGACCUGCAUCUGAAAGCGCAGAAUUACACCGAGGCCUCAUAUACACUUCUGCUGUACGACGAGCUGCUGGAAUGGUCUGAGAGACCCUUGCGGGAGUUUCUGAGUUACCCGAUGCAGAGCGAGUGGCAGAGGAAGGAGUAUCUGCACCUCACCAUCAUCCAGAACUUUGACCGCGGAAAGUGUUGGGAGAACGGCAUCAUCCUGUGCAGAGAGUUAGCAGACCAGUACGAAUCCUACUACGACUACAGAAACCUUAGCAAAAUGAGGAUGAUGGAAGCUUCGUAUUAUGAUAAAAUAAUGGACCAACAGCGUCUAGAGCCAGAGUUCUUCCGAGUGGGCUUCUACGGCAAGAAGUUCCCUUUCUUUCUACGGAAUAAGGAGUUUGUGUGCCGUGGUCAUGACUACGAGCGUCUGGAGGCGUUCCAGCAGCGCAUGCUCAAUGAGUUCCCUCAUGCCAUCGCAAUGCAACACGCCAACCAGCCUGACCAGACCAUCUACCAGGCUGAAGCCCAAUAUCUUCAGAUCUAUGCUGUCACACCAAUCCCAGACAGCCAGGACGUCCUGCAGCGUGACGGAGUCCAUGACAACAUCAAGAGCUUCUAUAAGGUUAACCACAUCUGGAGGUUUCGCUACGACCGCCCAUUUCACAAGGGCACCAAAGACAAAGAAAACGAAUUUAAGAGCCUGUGGGUAGAAAGAACAACAUUAACGCUUGUUCAGAGUCUCCCAGGCAUCUCACGUUGGUUUGAAGUGGAGAGGAAAGAGCUGGUGGAGGUGAGUCCUCUGGAGAACGCUAUCGAGGUCAUCGAGAACAAGAACCUGCAACUGCGGACGUUGAUCACGCAGUGUCAAAGCGGACAGAUGCAGAACAUCAACCCCCUGACCAUGUGUCUCAACGGAGUCAUCGACGCGGCUGUCAACGGAGGGCUCGCUCGCUAUCAGGAGGCGUUCUUCGUGAAGGACUACAUCAUGAAUCACCCUGAAGACGGAGACAAAAUCGGCCGUCUCCGAGAGCUCAUGUUUGAGCAGGCUCACAUACUGGAGUUUGGUUUGACGGUGCAUGAGAAGUUCGUUCCUCAGGACAUGCGGCCUCUGCACAAGAAACUGGUGGAUCAGUUUCAUCUGAUGAAAUCCAGCCUCGGCAUACAGGAGUUUCCAGCCUAUGUGCGCGCCAGUCCGAUCCACUUCACCAACGGAAGCCCUCGAGCCGGAAGAAACUCAGCACCUAACAUAAUGAGUCCAGAGGGAGGAGCGCGUGUGGUGUCACGCCGCAGUCCCCUCAGCUACCCGGCGAUCAACCGCUACUCUUCAUCCUCGCUGUCAUCGCAGGCCUCCAAUGAAGUGAGCAACAUCACGGGCCAAUCAGAGAGCUCAGAUGAAGUCUUUAACAUGCAGCCAAGUCCGUCUACCUCAAGUCUCAGUUCCAAUCACUCGGCCUCUCCCAACGUGACCAGCUCGGCUCCGUCCAGUGCCAGAGGUUCUCCACAGAUGUCAGAUAAACACAAGCAUUCCCGAGAGAACUGCCUCUCGCCGCGAGAGAGACCCUGCAGUGCCACCUAUCCAAACCCCCUGGAUCCCGCACAGAGGCCAGUUCCACACCCAGCGGGUGACGCCACCUUGCCUCGCAGUAACCCUAACAUCUCCACCCCCGACAAAGUGGUGAAGCCUGCACCAAGUAGCUGGAGUCUAGACACGCCGCUCUCUGAUUUUAAUGGAAAGUGUCCCCCUGUCCCUCCUAGACCACCGUACUCAGGAUCUCCUGCCAAGACUACACAAUCACAGUCCCCCGUGAUGACAUCACGCUCGCCGCAGAAGACCUCUGUGGCUCCGUUCACCCCCUCGCCCACAGAGUGCCAGUCGACAGGGUUGGUGUCGAAUUCUCCGGUGCUUUCUGGAAGCUACAGCAGCGGCAUCUCGUCUCUCAGUCGCUGCAGCAUCUCUGAGGCCUCCGGAACUGAGAACACGCCCGCUGACCACGCCCUCCCAAACUCCGCCUCCAGUGGAUCGGACGAGCUCAUUCGACGGGAAAACAAAACCCCGCCUCCCUAUAGCAUACAUGAGCGGAACAACCCCCGCAGACCGGUCCCACUUCCACCGAGCCUGUCGAUUCCUCCAAGCAUCGACGCACCACCUGUUCCUCCCAAACCGCACCUGAUUCGAAGGCAAAACACUGAGCCGCGCCGACCCGACCAGUUUCCCAGACCCCGGCCCAUUCCCAGGAAAGUCUCACAGCUCUAACGCUGCGCCCUUCACUCCAUCCCCACCAUUUGCACUUUUACACUUAACCUCUCUGGGUUUACGAUUACAAACUCCCGAUUUAGAUUAAAUGUAUAAAAUAGACUGGAAUAUAUAGAGUGAGAGUGAGAGAAGGGAUACAGGGGUAUGCACUUUUUAGGUCCAAAAUUAUAACUUUGCUUGACAAAUUAACCUAGCACCUUAAUUAACUCUGAACAGAACUUAGUACCGGGGUAUUUUCUCUGAUUUUUCAUAGAUUUAUCAAUGCUAAUAUGUAUUUAUAGUGGUUGAUACAAGACAUAUUUGCCUUAAGAGUCUUUUUAUCAAUGAGAAAUGCACGAUUAAAAAAUACUUAGUACUUUUUAUUUAGACAAAAGGUGCUAAAAGUUCUCUUUAUUAAUGUUCAUGAUAUGUCCAGGAUUGCAUUUAAAUUUGGGUCUGAAGGCCUAUUCACACCGAAUGCGAGGAAAAAUGUGGUGUUAAAUAAAAUAUUAGCACAUUAGUCCAUAAAGUGUUUAAACUGACAAUAAGAUUAUUUAUUGCAGAUUGAUUUAAAUUCACUUUCCUGAAUUGGCAUUAUAUGUAAUUUAUUUAGUUUGUUUUCUUUUCACAAAUUUCCAUGUGCCUGUGGGUUUAUAUUUAUGCUCAUUUAUUAUAAAUGCACAUAUUUUAUUUGUGGACGUUCAAAAGAGAAAGUUCAAAGGUUCACAAACUAGAACUACUUACAUAUGUCAUUUUCAUGUUCAAAAAGAGGUGUGUAAAGACAACAAUAUUCACAUAUUUGCAGUCCAAUGGGUCACUUAAAAAAAAAAAUAGGAAGUUUGCACUCGGUGUGAAUAGGCCUUUACAAAGGUUGCUGAUUUUUUAAAGACCAAGCUACCGUAGUAUCGAUUCUUAAUACUAAAAAUCCACAUGCAAAGAGCUUUCAUAGAUUUGUAGAAUCAAAAAAAUUAAAUAAAUAAUAAUCACUGUAUGCACUGCCACCUUUGCAUUGACUAAUGUGAAAUUGUACCUUCAGCCCAUUUAUGUAAUUUGAACGCAAUUGCAGGUGAGUCUACGGUGGAUGGGCUUUCGGAGUACUACGGCAUUGAUAGUUUCUUUGGAGUUUGGGGUCUAAAUGAUUAGAAACCAGUUGUGGGCAAGUCUAUAAGGGCUUUCAAAGCCCUGCAGCAUGGAUAGUUCCUUUAGAUCCUUUAGGAAUUUGGGGUCUGAAUGAUUGGAACCCAUGUAAGUAGUGGGAAAAACCCCCAACAAGUUUCUGUAGAGAGCGCACAUGCCCAUGCGAUAUAAAUGGAGAUGGACUUUUGUGGAGUUUUGCCAAGUGUUGUGCCAAAGGAACAGGUGGGCUGUAAGGAAAAUGGAUGUCUUGAACCCGAAGAUGCUUUAUUAGGAUGCAAAUGGAGACAUCCACUGUAAUAGACCUCACCAUACAACGGACCACUUUACAGCACUGAUUUACCGUACUGGCUAAAAGCCAGUGAGACAAAGUGAUAUAGCCUGGCAAAAGAGCUUCAUAUGAAAGGUACUCGAUCUCCCCAGGGCAUUACAGAGACUCAAGCUGCCAUUGCGCAAUAAGGGCUGCCAUUCCUUUUCACACUUAUAAUCUAAACUCAUGCGUUCCAGUCAAAUCUGGAUUGGCACCUCUGGACUGAACCUCAUGUUUCAUUUACCUGUACAAAAUGCAGGUAGAGCGACCAUCUGCAACCUGUUUGAAUAAUUAUUUAACAUGCAUAAAUACCAACACAUGGUUGCGAAAUGUUCAAGAAUGUUUCUGCAUGCACAAUUUCAUCGGUUGUUCAAAUGUUGUCUCGUUUACAAUUCUGUAGGGCCCUACACAUGAAAUCCAGGUGAAUAUACAGCGAAGAGACCAGCUAUUGUUUCGUUUUAGUGGAAAAUGUGAUCGCAGUAGAGUGUCCUCAUUCGUUUUCUAUGUCUUAUUAAUUCUCAAAUUAACUUGAGUCUGAUUAUUUUCUCCUUUCCACGGUCACACUUUAUGAGACUGGGAUUUGUUGCGAAUGCCAAAUAAUGACAUUCACAAAAAUCAGUACUGUAAAUUAAAUAAGAUUGAUGUAAUUAUGCCAAAUGCAAUAUCUUGUCUAUUGUACAUAACGUGUUUUUAACAGAAGUGUAGCUAUAACAAAUUUACAGCUUUGAAUGUUUGAACAGCAAAUUAAGAUGAUAAAUGUCAAAUAUUUAUGUAUUUUGUGAGCAUAGGGAAAUGAGGUCGAGAAAGCGCCUAACACAUUCACAUUCUAAUGACUUCCUGUCUAAUAAACAUUUCCAGCAAGAACAUUUUGAUUC